GUCCCCAGAAGAAAUGGGCAUUGAUAGGCCAAGAUGUUUGUUUUCUGCGACAUAUUCUGCUCCGAUUUGGUACGACGUCUUAGAAUGAGCCAACCAAAGACUAGCCCAAAGAGAUGCUUCAUGGAGCUUGAAAUCUGAAGCAGAGCCGCCUCCGGAAAUGAGCAUUGAGAACGCUAGUCAUCAUCAGGCUGAGAGAGCUGAAUGGGUGCUCGGUUCACCUGACCCUCCUAGCCUCUGGCAUGAUCUGCUUGUCUCAAUAAGAGAGACACUACUUCCUAACAACAGCAAUGAUGAUACGAAAAGAUCUCCAAUGGCACAAAAGCAAGCUCUAUGCAGGGGAGCUGCUUCACUCUUUCAAGGUCUCUUCCCAACCCUCUGCUGGGGCAAAAGUUACUGUGUCUCGAAGUUCAAAAGCGACCUGAUGGCCGGUUUGACGCUCGCGAGCCUCUGCAUUCCUCAGAGCAUUGGGUAUGCUAACUUGGCGAAACUGGAUCCACAGUAUGGCCUAUACACAAGCGUAGUCCCGCCUCUUGUCUAUGCCUUGAUGGGGAGUUCCAGGGAGAUUGCCAUUGGACCUGUAGCUGUCGUAUCACUCUUGCUUUCCUCCAUGAUUCAAAAUGUACAGGAUCCUUUGACCGAACCUGGUGCUUACAGAAGGCUCGUUUUCACGGCAACUUUCUUUGCUGGAACAUUCCAGGCUUUAUUCGGAUUGCUCAGGUUGGGAUUUCUGGUCGAUUUUCUUUCGCAUGCUGCGAUCGUUGGGUUCAUGGCAGGCGCGGCCAUCAUUAUCGGUCUUCAACAACUCAAAGGGCUACUUGGGAUUAGCCACUUCACAACAAAAACAGACGCGGUGUCCGUUCUAGAAUCGGCAUUUAGAUCGAUUCACCAUCAAUGGUACCCUCUCAAUUUUGUCCUUGGAUGCUCAUUCCUGAUUUUCCUCCUCAUCGCGAGGUUCAUCGGACGAAGAAAAAAGAAACUCUUCUGGUUCCCAGCUAUCGCUCCUCUAGUGUCGGUAGUCCUGUCCACCUUAAUAGUCUUUCUGACGAAUGCUGAUAAGCAUGGUGUGAAGGUAGUGAAGCACAUCAAAGGAGGAUUAAAUCCAAGUUCAGCACAUGAGUUGCAGUUCGGAGGUCCACAUGUAGGACAGUCUGCUAAAAUUGGUCUAAUCUGCGCUGUUGUGGCUCUCGCCGAAGCGAUAGCUGUUGGCCGGUCUUUUGCUUCGAUCAAAGGCUACCAGAUUGAUGGGAACAAGGAAAUGGUAGCAAUGGGAUUCAUGAACAUUGCUGGAUCUCUCACCUCAUGCUAUGUAGCAACUGGUUCUUUUUCAAGGACUGCGGUGAAUUUUAGUGCAGGAUGCCAGACCGUCGUGUCGAACAUAGUGAUGGCCAUGGCGGUGCUACUAUCACUGCUGCUCUUCACCAAGCUCUUGUACUACACUCCCAUCGCGAUCCUUGCUUCGAUCAUCUUGUCGGCUCUUCCCGGUCUGAUCGACGUGAAUGAGGCUCUCCGGAUCUGGAGAGUCGACAAGCUUGACUUCCUAGCGUGCAUCGGCGCCUUCUUGGGGGUCCUGUUCGGGACGGUGGAGAUCGGCCUUCUAGCCGCGGUUGCUAUCUCGUUUGGAAAGAUUAUAUUUCUAUCCAUUCGACCUGGCACAGAACUGCUAGGAAGGCUUCCGAGGACGGAUAUAUUUGGCGACAUCAGACAGUACCCAAUGGCCAUCGAAACUCCCGGUGUCUUCUUGAUCCGCAUCAAUUCCGGCUUGAUGUGCUUUGCCAAUGCCAAUUACAUCAGAGAAAGGAUAAUGAGGUCAGUCACCGAAGAGGAUGACGCUAAACGAACCGAGAGGAGAAAGAUCCAAGUGGUGGUCCUUGACAUGUCCAAUGUGAUGAACAUCGACACAUCGGGGAUCACCGCCCUUGAAGAACUGCACAAGAAGCUGGUUUCAAUCGGCUUAGAAGUGGGUAUAGCCAACAUCAGAUGGCCAGUGAUCCACAAGCUGAAGUUGGCCAACUUCCUGGACAGGAUUGGGAGAGAGAGGGUCUUCCUUAGUGUUGGGGAGGCUGUGGAAUAUUCAUGCCUCUCUUCUAAGUUCACUGGUCUUGAUAGCUGUUGAUCAAACGUGGGUUGCUAGGAACAUCACUGAGGUAAUUGGCAAUAAUAUUUCAUCCCGUGAGCCGGAGAAAGUGGUUACGAG